CGGCGGAGGAGAGGCGGGGGCCGGUAAUCAAGAACCGGUGCGAGCCCUGGGGCCGCGGGAUCGCUCUCCCGGCUGCUCGGGGCGCUGUGGCUCCGCGGGGCUGCGGCAGCCGCUGCACGGCGUGUGGAAGCUCCCGCCCGCUCCUUCCAAGGCCGCCGCCAUGGUGUCGUGCGGGGCUUUCCACAGCUUCCUUUUCGAAUACGACACCCCCCGCAUCGUCCUGAUCCGGAGCCGCAAAGUGGGGCUCAUCAACCGCGGGGUGCAGCUCGCCAUCCUCGCCUACGUAAUCGGCUGGGUCUUUCUGUGGGAGAAGGGCUACCAGGAAACAGACUCUGUGGUCAGUUCUGUAACCACAAAAGUAAAAGGAGUAACUCUGACAAACACAUCCACAUUGGGAACCAGGAUCUGGGAUGUAGCUGACUAUGUCAUCCCUCCUCAGGAGGAGAACAGUGUGUUUGUCAUGACCAAUGUGAUACUCACACUGAACCAGUACCAAGGCCACUGUCCAGAGUUUCCAGAUGAUAAAACAGAGUGCAAGGUGAAGAACAACUGUGUUCCAGGAUAUGUCAGCACCCACAGCAGUGGCAUCCAGACUGGGGAGUGCAUACCAUACAAUGACAGCAUUAAGACCUGUGAAGUCUUUGCGUGGUGCCCUGUGGAGGAUGAUAGUCAUAUACCCAAGCCAGCGUUCCUGCAAGAAGCUGAGAAUUUCACCAUUCUGGUGAAGAACAACAUUUGGUACCCCAAGUUCAACUUCAGCAAGCGAAACAUCCUCCCCAUUAUCAACUCCACCUACCUCAAGAACUGCAUCUAUGACUCCCAGACAGAUCCCUUCUGCCCUAUCUUUCGUUUAGGGAAAAUAGUUGAAGCUGCAGGGCAGAACUUCCAGGAAAUGGCUGUGGAGGGUGGAGUUAUGGCACUGCAGAUCAACUGGGACUGUAACCUUGACAGAGCUGCUUCCCACUGUGUGCCAAAGUACUCCUUCCGGCGCCUCGACAACAAGGACUCUGCUCACACUGUCUCACCUGGCUACAACUUCAGGUUCGCAAAAUACUACAAGGAUGUUAAUGGCACUGAAUCACGGACGCUUGUCAAAGCUUACGGCAUCCGCUUUGAUAUCAUAGUGUUUGGAAAGGCAGGGAAAUUUGAUGUAAUUCCUACCAUGAUUAACGUCGGCUCUGGUUUAGCACUGUUUGGUGUGGCAACAGUGCUGUGUGACAUUGUUGUUCUGUAUUGCAUGAAGAAGAAAUACUACUAUCGGGAGAAGAAAUACAAGUAUGUGGAGGAUUAUGAACUGGGAGUCAAUGAGACAUACGGAACAAACUCCUGACCUCCUGCUGCUACAGCACCAGCUGCUGCUGUAAACUGCUGCUGUGAACGUUACUCUGACCCUGCCAUGAGACCCACCCCCCUCUUGGCUUGAAGAGGGGAACAAAUGUGAGAAAGGGACCUUCUUCACUACUCUUCACUACUUUUGCUGGCUGGAGCAAACCCCCCCAGAGAGAAGAAUUGGGUCUGCUCCUUGUGUGCUGUCUUUCCAGGUUAAUUGCACUAAGGACAGAGGGAGAAUUGUGCUUCUAUGUCAGGCCUCUGCACUGGCUAAGCCUGGCACAGGGACCGCUUGGAUACUGUAAUUUUGACAGUCCUCUUUCCCCUGAGCUCAGCGGUAGCAGAGAUCACAGGGUUACAGGCACAGAUUCUUCCUUACAGUGAACAUGGCCCCUGUGGGGUGUUCCCUGACCUUGGGAAAGCAGCUCCUUGCUGUUGUUUUUUUCCUUGCUGUUGUUUUUUUCCUUGCCCUGAAGGAUUGUGAUGCUUAGCUGAGCCUAUGCCUACUAUUUAAUCGUGUCUCCAAGCUCCAGUGGCCACAGACCAAGACAAAAGCAGCACCUGGUUCCAUCAUGCUAUGGUAAAUGGCUUACUGCUUUACAGAAAUUUUUUUUUCUGUUUUGUCUAAUUUUUAUGGUACUACUUCAAAAUUUACUUUCUUUUUAAUAAAAUAUUGCCUUCUUACCAGUCCUGCAAGGUGGGUUUUGCUUGCUUAUUUUUCCCCAGGGCCUGUGAAGAUGCCAUUACUGGAGAGCUAGCGCAGCCAGUGCUGCUGGCUGCUUUGGCCCUUGAUUCUCUCAGCAAGACUUGCUGCUGCACCUACAGCUUCUGCUCCUCCUUGGUUCACCUAAAACCUUGUCUGCAUCUGUUGCAUUAAAACCCUGUCCAAGGGAAGAGACUUGAAAGUCUUUUUUGAAAGGCAGGAUUAGUUAGCCUAGCAUGGCCUUAGCCAGAUGCUAGUACCAACUGCACAGAACAGAUCUGUUAUUCCCUGGCAUACCUCCCUUGCCUUUCACCACCACACCCAGACCCUUGAUCAGGGUGGCUGUAUUUCAUGGGUUUUAACAAUUUGAUUUAAGUGAAUGUGUUGGCUUUUAUCUUCACAUGGCCUUGAGCUGCUCUAGCGACCACCCUGACAUGCAAGGUACAGCUCUUCCCUUUCUCAACCUUUUCUAGUGUUGCAGAGCCCUGGGACCUAUUCCAUACCUCCACCACCCUGGCUGGGGCUUUGCUGCCUUUUUCCAGCGGUGCAGUGGGUUUGCUACAGCAUUAUCAUUUUGUUUUAUUCUUUAUUUGCCCACUGCUGCUGAGCACUGAGUGUCCCAACUCGGAGGGUCCCUUUCCAAGAGUCAGCGCUCCGGUCUGUGCCUGUGACUGGCUCAGUUUGGAUUAUGCAGGGGCUAGAGCCACUGUGGUCUCCUUGUAGCCCAAGAUCCCCAGCAAGGGCAAAGCACCAGACUUCACUAAGCCAGGGAGGUGCUUGCAGAUUCCUCUUCAAACAAAAACUCUCAGAGCUUGAUAAAGACCAGUCAAACAGGAUAAUGGUUCCACUUGAUACUAACUCUGGGUUUGUUUGCAUGUCAUUUAUUUCAACUUGUACAGAGAAGCUUGAACAGCUGUGUGGAAAAACACUUAGUUGUUUGUUGUUUUGUUUUGUUUUUUCUUUCUUUCUUUUUAGGUAAUAUUAUUUAAAAGUGGUAAAUACACAGUAUUUAAACUUGAUACACCUGAUAAAGUUAAAUGCAUAAUAAAGGGGUAGGAAUGAAACACAA